UGGCAUUUGAAAUCUCAGUCUGGGCCGAGCCAGUUCAAAAUUCGAUUUAACAAAAUUAUGCACUAAAUAGGGUGGGCAAAUUGGAGGCAACAGAAUGCCCACUCCAACGUGGGAGGCGUCAAGGAUCAUCAAGAAAUCGAACAAGAGCAGCAUAUUUCCGGAUGAUGGGAGACGUCGACCGCAAACGUUUGUGCCGCCAUCGGAACGGAGAGCGGAGCGUACGCAAAUGUCUCUCUUACUUGGUUGGGAGUACGGACGGGAAUGGCUGGCGGCGCGCGAUGAGGCCCGGCGUCACGAUUCCAUCAGGUCACCACAGCGGUUUAUUGAACCCGACUACAACUGGUGGCUCAAGAAGCGUUCGACUACGCUGGAUCGCCGGAAACUCUACACACGUUCGCGUACCCCCCAAGCGAAGACCUACAUGCUGUCCGCAUUCGAAACGUCCAGGACGCAGCGCCAGGAUCAGAAACAGCUGCAGCUGCUUCCCGAACCGGGCACAGCUCACGACAUCCAGUGCGAGUGUGCCAACUGCAAGCAGAGCCAAUGUCGCACCGCCUCGAAAGACCAGACUCCAGCUCCAGCUCCAGGCAAUGCCCGGCAAAYCUAAAGUGAACGGGAUUUUACGAAUUGAAUCAGACAUGACAAAGGUAAAUUUUUUCCCCGCUACAAAAAUGGAUACCAAAAAUAUACACAAUUUUUUGGCAUCUAGUCAUAAGGCGAUUCUCUAUCGAGAAGAUCACCGAGUGCUGUGCAGCUGCCAAGGUCGCAUACCGAGCGGAUUAAACGGUCUAAAUUAUCGCAGUGUAUUGGGUGAUCUGAACCUUGCUCCCGAUCCCCAAUCCUCGAUUCAAUUGAUAUUUGACAUAUUUCUUAUAUGCAAAUUCUACUUUGAAAAUUAAAGACUAUCUAUCAAUGUUUA